AUUUGCUGCCCUAACAAGCCGGUAAGUCGUGACGGUUAACGGUAACAUUUCUUUUCUUCUUGGAAUGACCGUCAAAUGUUCGUUUGAGCGAUGAAUCUUCGUGUUGUUGAAGCCAUGAAGGACUUCUUCACUGGCCAGGGUUGCUUGGGUCCAAGUGUUUACCCAGAAGUGCCUGAUGGUGGCUGGGGCUGGGCUGUGGCCCUGGCCUUCUUUGUGGUGGAGAUCUGCACCUAUGGAACCCUCAAGAGCCUGGGCGUCUUUCUCCAGGAUCUGAUGGAGGAGUUUGGGGAGAGUAACAGCCGGGUGUCGUGGGUCAUCUCCAUCUGUGUCUUCAUCUUCUCCUUCACUGCUCCCCUGUCCACCGUGCUGAGCAACCGCUUCGGCCAUCGUCUGGUGGUGAUGGUGGGGGGCUUCCUCAUCAGUCUGGGCACCAUCAGCUCUGCCUUCGCCAACUCCAUCAAUGAGAUGUACGUCACCAUGGGCGUGGUCUCAGGCCUCGGCCACUGCCUCGCCUUCCUGCCCACCCUCACCCUUCUGGCCCAGUACUUCUCCCGGCGGCGAGCCCUCGUCAUCUCGGCUGCUUCCUCCGGAGAAUCUUUCGCCAUGUUUGCAUUUGCUCCAGUCUUGACCCGGCUGAAGGAGCACAUGGGUUGGCGCUGCUGCCUCCUUCUCCUUGGGAUUCUUCAGAGCGCCGUUCUGGCUUGCGGUCUUCUUCUUCGGCCAAUCGUCAUCCAGCCUCCGCCGGACAAGGAGGAUGGUGAAGUGGAGGCCUCGGUCUCUCUGAAAGAACUGCAGGCCGCCUACGAGCUGGAGAACGAACAGACCAGAACCUCCAUCAGUUCUCAAGUGUCUGCCGGCUCACAGGACUCGGGCGUCACUUCGCUCUCGUCCUCCAACGUGGACUUGAGGGUGGCAGGAGUUGAAGUCCAGCUGGACUGGGCUAUGCGGGACAAAGAGGACCAGGAGGCGUCCUGGGACACACCUCUCCAACCUGAGGCUGAGCCAGAACUCGCAGGUCCUUCUGGACCCCCAAGACCCAAACUUGUGGACUUGUCUGUCCUGAAAGACCGUGCCUUCAUCUGCUACUCCCUAUUUGGUUUGUUGGCCACUCUGGGCUUCUUCGCUCCGCAGCUGUACAUCAUUCAACUGAGCAAGAGUCGCGGCGUGGACUCCAGCACGGCGUCCUGCAUGCUGUCCGUCAUGGCGGUUGCUGACAUCUUUGGUCGCCUGUCCAUCGGGCCGGUGCUGAGCAAAGCGCGCUGCAGAAAGACCCUGGUCUUGUUGUGGUGUGUGAUGUCCCUGUGCCUGGUUCUGGUGGCAUUCACCCUGGUUUGGGACUUUUGGGGCCUGGCGGUCUGCUGUGCUCUCUACGGUUACUUCCUGGGCACCGUGGGCUCCACACACAUCCCCAUGCUGGCAGAGGAGGACGUGAUGGGCGUGGAGAAGAUGGCGUCCUCCGUGGGCGUCUAUGUCUUCAUCCAGAGCUUCGCUGGGCUUGCUGGACCGCCGCUUGGAGGCGCGCUGGUGGACCUCAGCGACGAUUACGGCGCCGCCUUCUACUCAUGCGCUGUCGGCAUGGGACUGGCCGCCGUCUGCCUGGCUCUGCUUGGACCCGUCAAGUCUGGCAGGUGUCCCACGCGUGCAUGUGGACCGGAGGAGGACCUGGACUCCCAGGUGGAGUCUGGCAGGUGUCCCACACGUGCAUGUGGACCGGAGGAGGACCUAGACUCCCAGGACAGUGGGCAGCCCGACUUUUUGGAGGUGGACUUGGCAGUGGAGGACACGCCCGUGAAGAAGAGUCCUUGUGUGGCAUGAAGACAACAAAAGGAUGUGAAGAAGAGUCUAUGUGUGACUUGAAGACAACAAAAGAUGUGAAGAAGAGUUUUUGUGUGACAUGAAGACAACAAAAGUAUGUGAAGAAGAGUUCUUGUGUGGCAUGAAGACAACAAAAGACGUGAAGAAGGGUCUUUGUGUGGCAUGAAGACAACCAAACAUGUGAAGAAGAGUCCUUGUGUGGCGUGAAGACAACAAGUCCUUGUGUGGCAUGAAGACAACACAAGGAUGUGAAGAAGAGUCCUUGUGUGACAUGAAGACAACAAAAGUAUGUGAAGAAGAGUCCUUGUGUGGCAUGAAGACAACAAAAGUAUGUGAAGAAGAGUCCUUGUGUGGCAUGAAGACAACAAAAGAUGUGAAGAAGAGUCCUUCUGUGGCAUGAAGACAACAAAAGAUGUGAAGAAGAGUCCUUUGUGACAUUAGGACAUCAAAAGAUGUGAAGAAGAGUUCUUGUGUGGCAUGAAGACAACAAAAGGAUGUGAAGAAGAGUUCUUGUGUGACAUGAAGACAAAAGAUGAGAAGAAGAGUUCUUGUGUGACAUGAAGACAACAAAAGGAUGUGAAGAAGAGUUCUUGUGUGGCAUGAAGACAACAAAAGGAUGUGAAGAAGAGUCCUUGUGUGACAUGAAGACAAAAGAUGUGAAGAAGAGUUCUUGUGUGACAUGAAGACAACAAAAGGAUGUGAAGAAGAGUUCUUGUGUGGCAUGAAGACAACAAAAGGAUGUGAAGAAGAGUCAUUGUGUGACAUGAAGACAAAAGAUGUGAAGAAGAUUUCUUGUGUGACAUGAAGACAACAAAAGGAUGUGAAGAAGAGUCCUUGUGUGGCUUGCAGACAAAAGGACGUGAAGAAGAGUCCUUGUGUGGCAAGAAGACAACCAAAGAUGUAAAGAAGAGUUCUUGUGUGGCAUGAAGACAACAAAAGGAUGUGAAGAAGAGUCCUUGCGUGACAUGAAGACAACAAAAGAUGUAAUGAAGAGUUAUUGUGUGACAUGAAGACAAAAAAAGGAUGUGAAGAAGAGUCCUUGUGUGGCAGGAAGACAACAAAAUGGUGUGAAGAAGAGUUAUUGUGUGACAUAAAGACAACAAAAGAUGUGAAGAAGAGUUAUUGUGUGACAUAAAGACAACAAAAGUAUGUGAAGAAGAGUUCUUGUGUGGCAUGAAGACAACAAAAGACGUGAAGAAGGGUCCUUGUGUGACAUGAAGACAACAAAAGUAUGUGAAGAAGAGUCCUUGUGUGGCAUGAAGACAACAAAAGGAUGUGAAGAAGAGUUCUUGUGUGGCAUGAAGACAACAAAAGGAUGUGAAGAAGAGUCCUUGUGUGACAUGAAGACAACAAAAGAUGUGAAGAAGAGUUCUUGUGUGGCAUGAAGACAACAAAAGAUGUGAAGAAGAGUUCUUGUGUGGCAUGAAGACAACAAAAGGAUGUGAAGAAGAGUCCUUGUGUGACAUGAAGACAACAAAAGAUGUGAAGAAGAGUCCUUGUGUGGUACGAAGACAACAAAAUGGUGUGAAGAAGAGUUAUUGUGUGACAUGAAGACAACGAAAGAUGUGAAAAAGAGUUCUUGUGUGACAUGAAGACAACAAAAGUAUGUGAAGAAGAGUUCUUGUGUGGCAUGAAGACAACAAAAUCUGUGAAGAGUUCUUGAGUGGCAUGAAGACAACCAAAGACGUAAAGAAGGGUCCUUGUGUGGCAUGAAGACAACCAAAGAUGUGAAUAAGAGUCAUUGUGUGGCAUGAAGACAACACAAGGAUGUGAAGAAGAGUCCUUGUGUGACAUGAAGACAACAAAAGUAUGUGAAGAAGAGUCCUUGUGUGGCAUGAAGACAACAAAAAGAUGUGAAGAAGAGUUAUUGUGUGACAUGAAGACAACAAAAGGAUGUGAAGAAGAGUCCUUGUGUGACAUGAAGACAACAAAAGUAUGUGAAGAAGAGUUCUUGUGUGGCAUGAAGACAACAAAAUCUGUGAAGAGUUCUUGAGUGGCAUGAAGACAACCAAAGAUGUAAAGAAGGGUCCUUGUGUGGCAUGAAGACAACCAAAGAUGUGAAUAAGAGUCAUUGUGUGGCAUGAAGACAACACAAGGAUGUGAAGAAGAGUCCUUGUGUGACAUGAAGACAACAAAAGUAUGUGAAGAAGAGUCCUUGUGUGGCAUGAAGACAACAAAAGGAUGUGAAGAAGAGUUAUUGUGUGACAUGAAGACAACAAAAGGAUGUGAAGAAGAGUCCUUGUGUGACAUGAAGACAACAAAAGAUGUGAAGAAGAGUCCUUGUGUGACAUGAAGACAACAAAAGAUGUGAAGAAGAGUUCUUGUGUGGCAUGAAGACAACAAAAGAUGUGAAGAAGAGUUCUUGUGUGGCAUGAAGACAACAAAAUAUGUGAAGAGUUCUUGUGUGGCAUGAAGACAACAAAACUAUGUGAAGAAGAGUCCUUGUGUGGCAUGAAGACAACAAAAUACUUUGAUUGUUGGGCUUUAUUCCAGAGUCUGACAAGCUUCUCAAGGACACCGAAGAACAUCUUCGUCUUCGUCUUCACACAACUUGUCACUCCUGACCCACCAUCAGCACCUCUCAGGAAACAUCACAACUACACAAAUAUUCAUACGAAAAUAUUAAUGUACAAAUAUUCAUAUAAAGAUAUUAAUGUACAAAGAGCUGUAUACGAAUAUUCAUAUCAAUAUAAAAAUAUCCCUCCAAUCUACGCAGACAAAAUAAUUGUCAUAUUCAUAAUCCAUUCUUGUCCUUAUUGAGUCACAUGACCUUUCUUCUAGAAGCCUGAAAAACUUGAUGAUGUUGAAAGAUGACUUGUAGAAAUAUUCUAUUGUUUUACUGCAAUACAAUCAUGUCAACAUUUACACUUAUGCAACAUGUUCUUCUAUAACUACAUAUAACUACACACAUGUUGUACUUU